CUCGAGGAAAAGAAGGCAGUAGGUGCAUGACAUAAAAGUGAUCAAAGCAGCCAAAAACAGACGAAGCGAAAAGCAGAGAUAUACAGACUGGAAGAAAAGGAAGGAGAAGAAAAAGGAAUAAUUAAACCCAACAUGCUGCAACGAAGGUGCUUGCAGUUUUGGAGCACAGAAAUGAGUGACAGUUAACUUUCUGCUAUUGUGGUUUUUCUCAGUCACUGAUUCUCAGCUAUGUCCACAGCCAUGACAACAUCGACGCCUUCAAAUUCCUCCCUCAGCUAUGUGGCCACCAGUGAGCUCCACUGCCCCUUGCUGGAGAAGAUGCUUAACCACUCCCUCAACAAAGACACGCAUGUCAACCUGUUGGUGGUCAGUGUGCUGGGGCUGGUGUCCUGCUUGGGCAUCCUGGAGAACGCUCUAGUCCUGUGGGUGCUGGGCUUUCGUCUGCGGCGGAAGACUGUGGCAGCUGUGUGGGUGAUCAACCUGGCGCUCUCCGACUUUCUGGCAACCCUGACGCUGCCCCUCUUCACGUACUACUUCUCUGUGGGACAUAGCUGGGAGCUGGGGCAGGCGCUCUGCUCGGCCGAGGCCUCCAUCUUCUUUCUCAACAUGUACGUCUCUGCCUUCCUGCUGGCAGCCAUAUCUCUGGACCGGUGCCUGUUGGUGGUGAAGCCUGUCUGGAGCCAGAACCAGCGUACGGUGGAGGCUGCCUGGAAGGUAUGUCUUCUGGGCUGGCUGUGGGCAGGGUUCAACACUGUUCCGUACUUUCUGUUUCGUAAUGUGACUGUUAAACGGGACAAAAGGAAGCUCUGCUACCAUAACUUUGCCCUCUACUCCUCACCCGCCACACUGGAGUUUGACUGCAAGCUACGGCAGGCUGCGACUGCAGUGUCCAAGGCACUUCUGGCAUUUUUGGUGCCUCUGGUUGUCAUUGCCGUGAGUUACGGAUACUUUUUCCAGCAGCUCAGGGCCCGAAGGCAGAGGCGGGAGAGCCGCCAGCUCAACAUAAUGGCUUACAGUAAAACAGACAGGUCAUCAGCUGGUGCAGAAAGACUCUCCAAAGGCUUCACAAAGAUGGUUGCUUCAGUGAUCGCCACUUUUGCCCUCUGCUGGGCACCGUAUCAUUUCUUCUGCCUGCUCGAGGUGGCAGCUCAGUAUUUUCCCAGUGAAUCGUACCUCGUGAAAUUGGUAGAGCAGGGGUUGCCUUUGUCUUCAGUCUUCGCCUUCCUGAACCCCGUGCUGAACCCCAUCAUCUACACCUUCAGCUGCCCACAUUUCUGCACACGGAUUCGCCAGAGCCUGGGGCUGCUCUUCGAGGGGCUGGUAGAGGAGGCAGGACCCUUAGUUUUGGCCACCAGCAGAAUAAUAAGGAGAGAUCCCAAUUCUCCAACGUCCCCCUCCUCACUCAGCUCCCCAACAACCCCCACCCUGCUGCGCCUCCCUCGCCUCUCACAGGGCUCUGUCAGCAUCUUCAACUUUAAGAAAUGCCCCACAGAGGAAUCAGGGCAAAAAGUGUGACAUAUAGGACUAAACGGUGACCAGUGGACUAUUUAAAGACCUGUUUAUGCAGUUUGGCUUUCUGAUCCUGUGAAAUACUAGUGUGAUAAGAAUCCAUACAAACUGUGCAACAUAAAAAAAACUCUCUCUCUCUCUCUCUCUGACCUUUCUUUCUUUCUUUUCACUGUAAUUUAGGUCACAGCAUUACAUUACAACUUUGAGAAUAUUAAAUGUGUGGACAACAAUGACCUGAAAGCUACCAUUCACUCUGUACAUAAUACAGUGAUUUUGUACUGUAUCCAAGAAUACAUAUUGAAGCACAUAAUAUAAAUAAAACCCAUAUAUACACAUUUUAUAUAUAA